CUUCUACUGUUGGUGUUGCUUGUAUUUGGGACUGUAGAAUGAUGACGCCUGGGUUGGGCAAAGCUCCAGGAUCUCCUGAUAUUGGAGGAGGGCUUGGCGCAGGUGUUGCUUCUGGAGGAACACCCUCGACAGGUGUGGCUUCUGGCGGCGAAGGCUCAACCGGUGCCGGCUCAGCUGGUGCCGGCUCGGCCGGUACGGGCUCUGCUGCAAAAUCUGCAGACGGGACAGAUUCAACUGGCACAUCUUCGACUGGUACAUCUUCGGCUGGGGCAUCUUCGGCUGGCACCUCGGCCGGGGGCGGUUCGGUCGGCGGGGAGUCCCCUGAGGGCGGCGGUGUCACGGAAGGGUCUGCUUCGGGAGAGUCCUCUGGCGGGUUAGAGUCAUCGUUUCCGUUGUUACCAUUCCCGUUGUUACCAUUCCCGCUCCCAUUCCCGUUCCCAUUCCCGUUCCCAUUCCCGUUCCCAUUUCCAUUCCCAUUUCGAUUUCUGAAUCCGCCUCUGAAUCGUCUGUUUCCGUUGCCGCCAUUCCGGUUACCUCCGUUACCGCCGUCGUUGUCAUCAUCGCCGUCGUCAUUGCCGUUAUUAUUGUUAUUGCCCCCUCUAUUACUACCUCGAUUCCCGCCAAAUCUGUUGUUUCUGUUGUUGCCUCCCCUGUUGUUGCCAGAUCUACCACCGUUGUUAUCGUCGUUGUCGUCGUUAUUACCGCCGCGGUUUCCCCCGCCAAAUCUGCUGUUUCGAUUGCUGUCACCGUCCCCGUCCCCGUCAUUAUUGUUUCGGUUAUUGCCAAAUCUGAACCGGCGUCGGCGGGUCUCCUCGUCUUCGUCGUCCCUAUUCUCUUGUCGAAUGUGAAGCUCUCCAGCAUCCAACAUGGGAGCACCUCCUUCUCUCCCUCGAGCAAUCGGCUUCGUUUGACGACGUAAAGGUGCCAUUCCCUCCUCUCAAGAUUCUCAAGUUUGCCUUGGAACUUUCCAGUGAUGAUCGGGGUAGACCGCCCAGUCGAUUCAUAUCCCACAAUUCAUGGAUAGCUGCCCCUCAAUUUCGAUGGAUAAUACAGCGUUCCAGCGGGUACAGAAAUGAACUCGCAGUUUGAAAUGAGUGACAGAAAGGAAUGGAAAGAAUUAUGGAUGAAAUAUCCAGAAUGAAAUUAGUAUACAAGAACUAAAGCAACGGGAAACCGGCCCUGCGGAAAGAAAAGAAUGGAACAGGCGGCAGAAAGAAUGGAGUGAAAGGAAGAAAAGCGUGGUGAGAAGAGAAUGUGGUAACAGGUCAGAACCAGGACUGAUCACCCGCCUCCGUGGGAGAGGGUGGGUGCAUGACGAACCAAGAGCCCAAGCUUUCCAGAGGAGACGUCUAGGAUGGCUCGAGCGACACCACAAGCUCUCAUUCUGACAACCCUUUCCCCGCAGACUGCCUAGACCGAACACCCAAGAGCCGGAGAUGGCUCAGGGAUACUGGUUCCGGCUUCAGAGGGACAAUCAAGAGCUCCUUCCUACUGAGGGAUCACAGCCCGGGGGUGGAUGAAGGGGCGUUACGAGACAUCAGCUCGAUUGGGAACAGGGCCAGGGACUUCCCAGACUCGGAUCGUGUGGUCGAGUGCCAUUGCCUUGCCGGCUGUGGGGGGGGCCUCUUGGCAGCCAAUGAGGCGCAUCUGAACAAGAGCCUCAUCCAAGAGGUGGACUUCAGGGACUGCUCGUGCAACACUCGGCAUUGACGUGAAGAAAGCUGGGGGCAGCGUGCCCGUGGUGAAUGUGCACUGGCCUAUGCCUGACGUCUGAAAGUGGAAAGGGGAGCGAGCAGUUGAGGUGUGACAGGAGAGCAAGGGGUUUGAUGUCUCAGCCACGGAUGUCGCGUUUCAGCCGGACGACGAGUGCCAAAAUGUGGAGAGCGGCUCCGGCUCUCUUACACCAAGCCGGGGUAGCAAUCGCUUCAUGAGGAAAGGAAAAAGUAGGCGAGAGUGAGAAAAGCAAAGCCUGGAUCCGUAAUCUCACGGAGCAGUCAGUGAUUUGACGGUUUUUCACUCUGGUCGGCAAAGGUUGGGGGCGGGGGAGGUUGCCGAAGGCCAUCGCCAAGACACACGGAGCUCAGAGCUUCGACCCAGCAAUACCAGAGACGCCGCCAAGGCUCUUCCACUGCGACAUGAUGCUGUGGACUUGUGGUUCUGUUCAAAGAAUCACUUAAGCCUUCACAAGCAUCGAACAAAAGACGGCAUGGCGAUGAUCAGUCGCGUAGAAUAAGUGCAUGUGGGAAAUCCCCAGAGCUUCAUGAAGGUGAAGAGCCAGUGGUGGUCUUGAUACCUAGCCUGAACUCGAUCUUGAUCGCUUGCCGGUCAGGGGUGGGUGUGCAAUGCAGGCCAGACCUCAGCCAGAUGCGGGGUGCGAGGGCCCAGCGUUGACGGGCGACCAGAUCAUUGACGAUCACUCAUGCGCGCCGUUGAUGGGGAUGCGCGCCGGGCUGGGCAUCAGGCACACAGGUUUUCUGUGUCAGAGAUCAAACCACCGGGCGAAUAUCCUCCGAGGAGGCCACCCGGAAGUUGAAAAGAAUGGGAAUAGAAUUGAAGACGGAGCCUCGGGACGGCGGCAAUGGAAGAAGGCGGUGAUUCGCACUCCCAUCCCUCGGGACGGAUAUAGGUUGGAGAAGAAACUUGCUGUUUGCCUCUUGAAUGGAGAUAACCAAGAGUUUCCCCAACUAAGUUGCGGGUUUGGUCGGAGUCACCUCACAUGUUCCUUCUUCUUCAUGUUCCUACUUCUCCCGACGACAGCAGCCUCGGUGGCAGUCGGUAAUGACUGGCAGGAGCGACCCUGUUAGCAUGUGUUGUUAGUACCUUGGUUGUGGAAGGAAUGAUCGUCUUGUUGAGAUUUCAACAGUCAAAAUAAUCAAGUGUGAGACUUGGUCAAUUGUCAAAGACACUGAGCGCCUCAGCGCUUGAGAGUUGAGACCCAACAGCAUUUAGCCGGAGAGCCCAGUCCCACAAGGAGCAGCUCCGGGCCCGACUUGGCAACGGCCGUACAGGGCCGGAAUUUUCAACUGACAGACUUCGUCCGGGUCGGAGCUGGAAGCGGAGCGUUCGGAGGGUCCGUGCAAUUACGCUGGACCCGCAUGUGAUAGCGGAGUUGGCGGGGUUAUUGCUGAACAAACAUCCAGGAUGCACCCUAAUCGCAACCACAGACUCGAAUUGCAAUUGCAUGUCGUUCGACAUCAUCCUACUAUCCUCACCGCUGACACGAGCUAAAGGGGCGCAGGAACAAAAUGCCAAUUGCGCAAAAUAAUGAGAUGAUGGGAGGGGCGUGGGGGGGGAGGCAACUGAUGACAAACAUGUCCCUGCUCCUUUUUGGACGCAUCGAGGCUCUCUGGUAUGGGUAUGUUUAUCAUGUCCUGGUGGCAGCCCCUUAUCGGAGUCGUUUGCGCGGUUUCCUUCCCGCCCACGCCGUCACGCUGUCUGUCAGCCCUGCCACUGUCACACUGGCCUUCUCCGAAAUACGGAAAUUCCCUUGUCUCAGUGGGAUGUUGGUGCUCCAGCCUCCGGACGCGGCAGUUAAGAAAAUGACUCUUUUGCUGUGACAAUGGCCAUGCAUCGCCAGCGACGUUUCAAACCUUUGGAGAAAAAUUGAGCUAUGAGUUGUGUCGUCAUCCAUGGGAUCCUUGCAGAGCCCCUUGGCAGCGAGGGAUGGUGGAGUGCUGAAUGUGUCUCUCGCGGCAUCUGAAUGGCUGGCUGGGCAGGUGGGGGUCCCGCUGAGCAGAAGCGCCGAAUAGGAUAAAAUCGAAAAAGUUGAAAAGAAACUGCUUACAGGGGUCUCCCGAACUCCAUCUUAGUCACUAACCAUCACCAGCUCACCUGUGCCUUAUCACCCUGCCCUGCGACAUCUUGCUUCAUUUUUUCCGCCUGUUUCUUUUCGAGUCCCCUCCUCAGUCUCUAUUCCUUUCCCUCAGCCUUUUAGAUAUACCCUCAGCUGGUAUCUCUGCCUUGCGCCCGCCGUCGCCUCGACGUUGAACUCUUCCUAUUUUACCUAGGCCCCUCUCCUGCUCUCCGCCGGCCUUUCCGUGUUUGCCCAUCAGGCAAUGUCCUCGUCGUCGCGAGCCCUCGCACAGCUUGCGGUGCCCCGUUCGGGUGCCGCUUUGCUCCAGUCCUCCUCCCAGGUCCCCAGAUUAUUCAUCCAGUCAUCACGCAAGACUGUGGCCGCCAGACCUGCCUUUGGUAGCUUACAAGGACCUGUCUCGAGGCAGUUCAGGCGCGGGUAUGCCGACCAGGCCGCUCCUGCCCCUCAGCCCCCCAAGAAGCGCCGAUUCCGGACGCUGAGGUGGGCGUGGAGGUUGGGAUACCUCUCUGCCAUCGCCGGUGUCGCCUACAUCGGCUACGGCAUCUACGAGGACAGACACCCAGAACCCCAGACCGAGCCAGACCCGACCAAGAAGACGCUUGUCAUUCUCGGCACCGGCUGGGGUUCUGUCUCCCUCCUGAAGCGUCUCGACACCGAAAACUACAAUGUCAUCGUCAUCUCGCCGCGCAACUACUUCCUCUUCACCCCCCUUCUCCCAUCCUGCACGACCGGCACCAUCGAGCACCGCUCCAUCAUGGAGCCCAUCCGCACAAUUCUGCGCUCCAAGAAGGCGAGCGUAAGAUUCUACGAGGCCGAAGCUAGUUCCAUCGACCCCGACCGCAAGGUGGUGCGCAUCUUUGACAACUCGGAAGUCAAGGGUGACAUGACCGAGACCGAGGUCCCCUACGACAUGUUGGUGGUUGGUGUUGGUGCCGAGAACGCGACCUUUGGCAUCCCUGGCGUCCGCGAGCACUCAUGCUUCCUGAAGGAGAUUGGUGACGCUCAAAGAAUCCGCAAAAGGAUCAUGGACUGCGUCGAGACGGCUGCCUUCAAGGACCAGUCGCCCGAGGAGAUUGACCGUCUCAUGCACAUGGUGGUGGUUGGCGGUGGCCCGACUGGUGUCGAGUUCGCCGGCGAGCUGCAGGACUUCUUCGAGGAGGACAUCAAGAAGCUGGUUCCCGAGAUCAGCGACCGCUUCCGCGUGACACUGAUCGAGGCUCUCCCCAACGUCCUCCCUAGCUUCUCCAAGCAGCUCAUCGAGUACACCGAGAGCACCUUCAAGGAGGAAAAGAUCAACAUUCACACCAAGACCAUGGUCAAGAAGGUCACAGACAAGACGGUUGAGGCUGUGGCUACUCGCCCCGACGGCACCAAGGAGACGAUUGUAUUCCCCUACGGUCUUCUCGUCUGGGCUACCGGCAACGCCGUUCGUCCCGUCGUCCAGGAUCUCAUGCAGCGUAUCCCUGCGCAAAAGAACUCUCGCCGCGGCCUCGCUGUAAACGAGUACCUUGUUGUGCAGGGUGCCCGCGACAUCUGGGCUGUCGGUGACUGCGCCGUUGCCGGCUACGCCCCCACCGCCCAGGUUGCGAGUCAAGAGGGCAACUUCCUCGCGCGCCUGUUCAACAACAUGGCCAGGACUGAGGCUCUCGAGAACAAGAUUGCUGAGCUCAGCGGUUCUCUCAACCUCCAGCCCGGCAACACAGCCGAGAUCUCGCGCGAGAUUGAGGAGUAUGAGCGUCAGCUCCGCCGCAUCAAGGACGUGAAGCCCUUCCACUACAGUCACCAGGGUUCCCUCGCUUAUAUUGGCAGCGAGAAGGCUGUCGCUGACGUCACAUGGUUCAACGGCAACGUUGCCGCCGCCGGUGGUUUGACCUACCUCUUUUGGAGAAGCGCCUACAUCAGCAUGUGCUUCAGCACCAGGAAUCGUCUGCUGGUCAUCAACGACUGGCUCAAGUCCAAGCUCUUCGGUCGCGAUCUUUCUCGCGAGUAGACUGGUUUUCGAGCCAACCUCUUCUUCUCUCGUUUCGAGGUCCGCCGCGUGGCGAUCAUGGAUGAGCGGGCUUUCAUCAUUCCCUUUGUGUAGUUUUUCUUGUUAAUGACGGAGUCUCGGGGGUGGGCACCUAACCUAAUAGAACAUGGGCUAGACUGGCUUUUUCAUUUUUGGCGGGAAAUAGACUAGGGGCAAACGAAUUUCUUUUUGCUGUAUGUAUCAUCAAAUAUUGACACCCGUGAAACGUUGCUGAGGACUUUCUCGAAGUAUUAUAAUGGCUCAACCAGGUGCUUCUUGUACCUAUGAUCGACGAUCCAUCCAUCCAUCCAUCCAACGGUCCGGGUUCCCGGGAUGAAUCCCACGUGCCGUCUGCUCGAGUCAGUCUUGUUCCAAGACGGCCCAAGACCAGACACCCUAGCCGUUUUUUAGAGAUGGACAGGGAAGAUGAUCAAUGAUUAGAUUGAUAAGAUCUUGAUGCAUUUCAUCUCGGUGGAGGUGUUUUGGGGCCAACCAC